UUAAAAUAUAAUAAACUUUCUUUCUUUUCAUUUCUUUUUUUGUUUUUUUUUUUCAAAAUUUUCUUAUAUAUUUGCAGACCCAGUGCUUCUGGGCAACCAUUGGUAACUCCCUCCCCUCUCAAAAUUCUCUGAUCGAAGGUUUUAAAAUCUUCAACUUGGAUACAAGAUUUAAUAUAACAUGAGCACUCGGGGGGCCAGGGCGCCACAUGCAAGAGGGCGGCGAAGAAAGAAUGAGUUGAACUUGGACCUCAAUAGUGCCCCACCUGGUGACAGUCGGGAACAGGAGGGAACUUCAACUCAGUCAGUGCCUCAGAAUAAUCAAGCGACUUUGCAAGUUCAGCCUAUACCACCUAAUACGAUUGAUGUUGAGGCUAUUGAUGAUGAUGUUAUUGAAUCCAGCCCCACGGCUUUUGCUGAGGCUAAAAACAAUUCCAGAAGGAACCGGAGGACUGUUGUUGAUGUGGAAUCAGAACGGACGGCUAGGGUCACUCAGAACAAGCGCAGAAGAGUUGGACCAAACCAAACAAUUAUUAAUUGUGAUUUCUACAUAAAUCUGGAAAGCAACAGCAACUCCACCUCCACGGUAAUUAAACAGAAUGUUACACAGCCACCUCCACCACCACCGCCACCAAAGGAGCCCACCUUUACCUGUCCCAUUUGCAUGGCUCCUUUAGUUGAGGAGAUGUCAACAAAAUGUGGCCACAUUUUCUGUAAGGCUUGCAUUAAAGCUGCAAUAGGUGCGCAGGGCAGAUGCCCUACCUGUAGGAGAAAAGUAACUAUGAAAGAACUGAUUAGGGUAUUCCUCCCUACGACCUGUUGAUUGGUGAUGGUUAUGAAAGGUGGUUUUUGAGGGAUUGAGGAUUGGGGAAUUGAAUUGGCAUGCCUGCAGAAUUGAAUUUUCAUACUCAAAUGGUUUGUAUCAAAAAAGAUGUUAUGAUUAGUGGGUAUUUGUAACUUCUUUAAGAAAUCAGGCACCUUAAUUUCAGCUUUAUGCUGCUUUUAAUGCAAUUAGCUUUUGGAUGAGCAAUGAAUGGCCCAAGUUCUUAGUGAUGAAUUACUGGUGCUUUAUUUUACACGUAUGGUUUAUGGUUGGGUGAGGAUCCGACUGCCUUGUAUUGGGUGCAGAGAAGAAGGGGACGGAAGGAAGAAACCAAAUGAGUAUACCGGUGUUGACCAUCUAACUAGCAUCUUUUAUGAAAGGUAUAUAGACUCAAGUGAAAUGAAUACCAUUGAUAAAUAGUACACUGAAAGAAUUUGACCUCUGAGCCGUAUGAGGUUGGAAACUCUCAAGUAUGGUUCUUUGGGAAGGAAUUUACCCCUCUAUUCUGACCAGGGAGAACAAGUUGUUCAACAAGGAGAUUUUGAAACUGUGGAGGCUUGGUUCGAUCAAGCUGUCGAGCAACAAGCAAUAGCGCUUACUCUUAGUAAUUAUAUUGUAGCAUAGAAGUGGUCGAAAAUUACAAGGCGUUUCGACUCUUUGUUAGCAAAAAAGGGGACUCCUGGGUAAAGAUGGUGAUAAAGCUAACUAGAUAUGUGUUAAUUGUGGUCGUGAGUGGUGAUGUUUGUUUUUGUAAUGAUGAUGAUGGUAUAUAUGGUGUUAAUGUGGUCGUGA